UGUGUCUCUCCUGUAGCCAGAGUAGCUCGCUGAAACCGAUCCACCGCAGUGCCUGGGACAGAUUGAGUGAAAGAGAGAGAGAGUGAGGGAUUUAGAGGAUGGGUAAGGGGGCUUAAGAGAAAUACAGAGAAGCGAGAGAGAGAGAGAGAGAGAGGAGAGAGAGAGAGAGAGAGAGAGCAAAACCCAGCGAGCCUCCUGCUGUGAGCUUUCUUGGCUACUGACGUGUGCGCACGACUCUCGUGGCAGGAUGAGUUCGUGCAGCAGCCGUGCGUUGACCAUCCUGUCCACGGUGUUUGGAGCCUGCGGGCUGCUGCUGGUGGGGGUGGCUGUGUCCACAGACUACUGGCUGAUCAUGGUGGAGGGCAUCAUCCUGCAGCAGAAUCAGAGCAUGGAGGUGAAGAUGGCGCUGCACUCUGGGCUCUGGAGAGUUUGCUUUGUGGCCGGAUCAGAAAAUGGGAGAUGUGUUGCGUCAGAGUACUUCACUGAACCCGAAAUAGAGAUCACCACGGAAAACACUGCAAACAUCCUCAAGAUGGUGCGGACAGCCACGCCCUUCCCCAUGGUGUCGCUGCUUUUUGUAUUCACCGCCUUCGUCAUCAGUAACAUCGGACACAUCCGGCCUCAGCGCACCAUCCUGGCCUUUGUUUCCGGCAUCUUCUUCAUCCUCUCAGGCCUCAGUCUGGUGGUGGGGCUGGUGCUCUACAUCUCCAGCAUUAAUGACGAGGUGAUGAACCGACCCAGAGAGCCCGAGCAGUUCUUCAACUACCACUACGGCUGGUCCUUCGCCUUCGCUGCCUCCUCCUUCUUACUCAAAGAGGGGGCCGGCGUGUUGUCAGUCUAUCUGUUCAUGAAGCGCUACGCAGAGGAGGAGAUGUACCGCCCCCACCCUGCCCUCUACCGCCCCCGUCUGUCCGAGAGCAGUGACUACAGUGGACAGUUCCUCCACCCAGAAUCCUCUUGGCCCCCGCCGAAGCGAGGCCGCAGCACCUCCGAAGCCUCCAGCGACAUCUCCAUCCAGCUCAACCAGGCACCGCCAGCUCCGCCCAAAAGCAACCACCAAAAGGUCGGCCAGGGCAGCCCACCAUCUGGGUCUUCUUCCGCGGGGAGCUACCCACAGUCGAGCGGGUACCCCUCCACCCACACCCUGCCCAGGUCGCACUCCUCACACCCUCAAGGCCAGGCUCUCCCCAUGGCCAUGCCUCCCUCACCUGUACCACCACCUCACUAUCAUGCACACAUGCACAUGAGUGCCUCCCCCUGUUAGGACGAGGGAGACAUGGACUCCUCAUAAUUAUGUAGACUGUACAUUUAGAUGGAUGGACUUUGAGCAUAGAUCACGUGAGAGGGAAGAGGCAGAGGGGAUCAGAUGUAAAAAAGUAAAUAAAAUGUAGCUCUGGAACAAUGAAAUAGAAGAUCGAAGAGAUUUUGCAGAAACUGUGAUGAAAAGAAAUUAAAACAAGAAAAGAGAAGAAAGAAAAAGAGGAAUUUAAGUGAAGGAAAGAAGGGAAAGAGUGUUUCCUAGAAAGACUUUAGCUGUGAGGUUGAGUGACAGAGGAGAUAUAAGGGAGGGAGAGUGAGGCAGGGGCGAGAGGUGCUGCGGUAUAAAACCAAGAUGCUGCAGUGCUGCGGGAAAUUUGUAUGCACACUGAUCACUGAAGACUGAGGAUGCACAUAGUUUUAUACAUCCAUAAUUCAUGCCAAUACAUGGACUAUGCUCCUUUUUACCAAAGGGUAAAUGUGUCAGAAUAUAUUCUUGUCUUCUCCGAAUUUCUUACAUCAUCAAUCCAGUUUCAUAACUUGCAAUGUCAAAGUAGUAUUAUUGAUAUAAAUGACAAAAUCUAAGUUAAAAGUAUAGUAAUUCUUAACUGAGAACACUGUAUGUGAAUGUUGUUAUUAAAUACAGACAGAAGUGGAUGAUACUCUGUGAUAUCAUAAGAUAUAUAAUGGUUUUACAUAUUUGUUUAAGAGACAGAUUUUUAACUUCCUGUACAUAAAACUGCACAUGAAGACUUGUGUAUAGCUGUUGUAAAUUAUGAAUGAAGCUCUGGCACAAGUCCCAUCAAUAAAUGUCAACUCAUUCUGCUUUUAAUGAAGACACUGCAACAGGCCAUUGACAACAAACGAUAACACCACCCUGAAAGCAGCAUGCUGGUUUAAAGGAGGAACCAGCCGGCACUGAUGCAGUGGUUUGAUGCCCCCUACUGGCCACUGAUCUGCACUGACCCUCGACCAGGCCUGACCCGCACUUUGUCGGCUGAUGGUGCAGAAGAGAUGGUUCGGUCCAGAACGUCCAGAAGGGGGAGUGAUGGUGAAUGUUAGGACGAUCAAGGAUACAUGCUUUAAAGACUGAUGAAAGUUUUAUUUUUCAAGAACAGUGUUGUUAAUUGAUCUGAAAAUCUCACAUGACUAAAGUAUGCUUUACAUUUGCACUUAGUGCUCAGAGUUUGACAUCCCUGUUUGUGAAGUUCAGGCACUCAAAGCAGACAAAGCUGCUUUAUUCCAUUCAAGAGUUUCUAGAGUAUCUGAAAAUGAUUUUCUGUGGUAGAAAUGAAAUUAAGCUCUCUUGCAUUUAGGGCUGCAAUUAUUUGCAUUAUCAUGAUUAUUUGCGUUAUUUCUUCUAAUUAUUUGUGAUAUGUCAGAAUAUAAUGAAUUUGCCCCACAAGAAGUCUCACGCCUUCACGUGAGGUAUUCAAAAUGUUUGCUGUAUUAGACCAACUGUGCAAAGAUAAUCAAUACUCAACAUAAAUCACAAAGAAAGACAUCAGAUCAACAAACUUCAGGAACUGGAGCCAGAAAAUAGUUGGCAAGUUUCCUGGAAAAUGACUAAACUGACAAAUCUAUCAGCAAAAUAGUGCUGAUUAAUUUUAGCUGGCAGAGUUUUAUUUAUUAUCUUUUUUUUAUGCUAUUCUAAAUGUUUAGACUUGUACUGUACACUCGUGUUAAAGUUAAAGGUUGAAUCUUGCACAGUAUCUCGAAAAUGAAAAGACGAUCAAAUGCUGCAGCGGGUAUCUGGUGGAUCAGAGUAGCACUUCUUCCAACAAGUUGAUGUAGCAGGUUGCACGACAUUAAAGGAUGUUUAAGCUGAACUUUUCAUGUGCUUUAACCAAUGAUAAAAUACAUUCUCAGAUGCUCUAGAAACUACACAUCCCCUAUGAAAUUACUUUAAAAAACAGUUUUCCCAAAGCUGCAGAGUAACAAGCAGACCCCAUGCAACAUCAAACAUAGCUCAUAUUUUCACUUAGAAAUGUUUUUUUGUAUGUAUUUAAAGCACAUCAUGCACAAAGAUAUGUCAAAAUGAUAUAUCUCAGGAAUGAGGUUUAAACCACAGAGUCAUUGUGUAAUGGCUGGUUUUCAUUAUCACUGUGAUGCUACAGAGAAAGGAACACUGGCGUGGGAUGAAACUCAUAAAGACUUACAGGGUGAAUAUAGCGUGAUGUCGUGCAGAUAUCAUCAUAUUUUCAAGCAGGGUUUUUGUUGAGCAAGCAUGUCUUUUUUUUUAUAACACCACCCUGUUUUUUGUUUAUGCACUCAUAUUUAAGGUGAAGCCCAGUGUAGCUGCAGCCUUUAAUGCUGGCUCUGCAGCUACAAUUAGGGGGUUAAGUGCCUUGCUCAACGGCACCGCGACAGUGGCUGUUGAAGAAGAUUUUUCCAAAUUGAUGGUCAUUGAAACCUGCAUCCACCUCUGUAACUUUCAAACUUCUUCUAACUCAGCGCUACCUUUGUGACUGCUAAAAUUGUUCCGUCUUUUUCUCCCUUUGUAUUACUUUUGUCCGAUAAUCAUUUGGUGCCUCUAAAUCUAGUAUUCUUUUUUUUUCUUUCUCUGCACUUCUUUGUUUUUCCCUAUCUACCCCCAGCUUCUCUCCUUUGUCUCUACAUAGUUACAUAAAAGGUUGUAGCUGCGCUUGUUUCUGCAUAAAGACUAGACUUCUUGCACAUGACCCCCAGCACCACCUUUGUAAAAAAAUGGGCAAAACAAAUGCUUUUUUAAUGCUUCAAUGGAACUGAUGCAGUAUAAUCUUGAGUUAUAUAAUUAAAUAGCGAUGUGAUAAGAUCACUGUUUUUGAAAGUGACGACACCUGUGUCUCACUUUCCUCUAAUCAUAAAUAAAACUUUUCAACAUGU